AUGGAUGUCAAAUCCACUUUUUUGAAUGGGCUGUUAAAAGAAGAGGUGUAUGUGGAACAACCUAAAGGGUUUGAGGAUCCUCAUUUUCCUGAUCAUGUUUAUAAGUUAGACAAGGCGUUGUAUGGUCUAAAACAAGCACCACGUGCUUGGUAUGAGCGUCUAACUGAAUUCUUGCUUUCUCAUGAUUACAAGAGAGGAAAUGUUGAUAAAACACUUUUCAUCAAAAACAUUAAUUCUGAUGUGAUUGUUGCUCAAAUAUAUGUUGAUGAUAUUGUGUUUGGCUCUACCUCUAACUCUGAAGUGCAUGUUUUUGUUUCCCAAAUGCAAAAGGAGUUCGAAAUGAGUAUGGUAGGUGAACUCACUUAUUUUCUCGGUCUUCAAGUGAAGCAAUCAGAUGAGGGAACUUUUGUCACUCAAAGCAAGUAUGCAAAGAAUUUGGUGAAAAAGUUUGGUCUUGAGAAAGCCAAACAUACCAACACUCCCAUGAGCACAACUUUGAAAUUAAGCAAAGAUGAACAAGGAGUAAGGGUAGAUCAAACUUUGUAUCGAAGUAUGAUAGGUAGUUUGCUUUAUCUUACUGCUAGUCGUCCUGACAUUUGUUAUAGUGUUGGUGUUUGUGCACGAUAUCAGGCAAAUCCCAUGGAAUCCCAUCUUUCUGCUGUGAAAAGAAUCAUUCGCUAUGUAAAUAGCACUAUUGAUUUUGGGAUUUGGUUUUCAAAAGACACUAAUUCUAACCUUGUUUGCUUUAGUGAUGCUGAUUGGGCAGGUAAUGCAGAUGAUAGAAAAAGUACUAGUGGUGGAUGUUUCUAUCUUGGAAACAAUCUGGUUUCAUGGCAUAGCAAGAAGCAAAACUCAAUCUCUCUGUCCACAGCUGAGGCUGAGUACAUUGCGGCGGGUAGUUGUUGUACCCAAUUGUUAUGGAUGAAACAAAUGAUGGCUGAUUAUGGGUUUGAUUUGAAAACGUUAACCAUCUUUUUUUUUUUUUUUUUAUGAUGAAUCAGAAAUUGUAUUAGCUCAAAAACAAUUGAUUACACCCAAAUAGCACCCAAAGGAGGGCCUAAAUAAAAACAACUAUACAAUGUUAAUAUAUUUACAAACUUUGAAACCAUUGUGUAUCUCUCUUUGAAACUUUUUUUGGCCAAAACAUCUCAAUUCUAAGCUUCAAGUUGGCUUUUAAUUCCUUGAGUAAAGCUGGGAUUAGUUGUUCCUCUUUGGUCCAUAGAACCGUAUUUCUCAGCCGCCAAAUGCUGUAAACCAGGCCGGCUACAGCUGCUGUGUAAACUUGCAGCUUGAACUUUGACUCUUUUGAUCUUCCAAGCCAUUUAAUGAGGUUGGGAAGACUUGUGUGUAUUGUUCUCCAAUCCAGCCACCUUUUGAUUUCCUGCAAACAUUCCUUAGUUCUCAAACAAUCAAAGAAAAGGUGCUCUGAAUUUUCAUCUCCAUUACAACACAACAAGCAACUUGAAUCGGUGGUGAUCUUCAUUUUGCAUAAUCGGUCUCUAGUCUUUAGUCUUUGGUGCAUAGCAAGCCAGAGAAUGAAACAAUGUUUUGGAGCAUUAAACCGACUCCAAACUUGCCUUGUCCAUUGAAUUUUUGGUGGGGUUUGUACCAACAUCUUGUACCCAGCCGAGAUACUGUAUUGUUGUAGUGCAAUGGACUGAUUUUUUUCUUUGAACUGAUCCUUGAGCCUCACUAGACACCUCCAAUACCAGCUGGUUUGGCUUGGUGUUUCAUAGGCCCACCAAUCACCAUCAUGAAUGUAAACACUGUUGAUCCAUCUCAUCCACAAGCUAUCUUCUUUGUUAGCAAUCGCCCAGAUAUAUUUCCCCAUGGCCGCUCUAUUCCACAUACCAAUAUUCUUGAAACCUAUACCCCCAGCAGCUUUCGGUUGGCAUAUGAAGUCCCAAGCUAUUGCACCUGGCCCAUAAUACACAGCUUUGGCAUUCCAUAAGAAGUUCCUGCAUAUUGCUUCAAUAUUGGACACAACUUUUUUAGGCAAAAUCAGAACUUGACACCAAUAAGAGUGAAUGGCCAUCAAAACAGAGUUAAUGAGAACCACUCUCCCUGCAAAAGAAAGAUUUCUAGAACUCCACAGUUUGAUUCUUGCUGUCAUUUUCUCAGCCAGGAUCUCACAAUCUUUCCCUGAUAUUCUUUUAGCACCAAUUGGGACUCCCAAGUAAGUGAAGGGCAAGGAUUGAUGCUGGAAGCCAGAGAUAGUCAUAAUUCUCCUUACUUGAUCAUCAGGCAUAUUACUUGUGUACAUGGCCGUUUUUGUAGCAUUUGGAAUCAAGCCAGAUGUCACAGAGAAAAGUUUAAGGCCCUGAAGUAAAUAGUGAACACUUUUGGCAUCCCCAUUGCAGAAUAGUAACACAUCAUCUGCAAAUGCGAGAUGGUUUAGUGAUAUAUCUGCACAUCUGUCAUGAUAGUGGAAGUCUUCUUUGUCUCCUAUCCUCCUCAUUAUUCGAGAAAGAUAUUCCAUUCCCAGCACAAAUAACAGAGGAGACAUUGGAUCGCCCUGUCUAAGACCUCUUUUCGACUCAAAAUAACCAUGCAAAGUACCAUUAAACAUUAGAGAAAACCGAGGAGUUCUCACACAAUUCAUGACCAGUUUAAUGAACUUAGGUGGGAAUAAGAGACCCUGCAACAUUUCCUCAAUGAAAUCCCAUUCUAUAGUGUCGUAAGCCUUCUGCAGAUCUAGCUUUAUAAUACAAGAAGGCUUAUUAUUCUUUCUCCCAUAGUGUCUCAGCAAAUCCUGACAAAUCAUUAUAUUAUGCCCUAUGAAUCUCCCUUUGAUGAAGCCUCCUUGAUUCAAGGAGACUAGAUUUGGGAGGAUGAGCUUGAUUCUAGAGCACAACAGCUUUGUUGCAAUCUUGUAAAUCACAUUGCAACAAGCUAUUGGUCUAAAAUCUUUAACUGUAUUAGGACAUUUCAUUUUAGGCACUAAUGUCAAGAUUGUAGAAUUAAUCUCUUUAAGGAUGUUACCUGAUUCGAGGAAAGAUGUCACAGCUUGAAAUAUGUCAUCUCCCACUAUCUCCCAGCAAUCUUGGAAAAAGAAACUCGAGUAACCAUCCGGUCCUGGAGCUUUGUUCCCAGGAAUGUCAAAAAGUGCAGUUUUAACCUCAUCUUUAGUGAAUUGCAUCAUCAGGUUCUCA